AUGGCAGAAAACUUGGAUGAAGAGGCUCUCAACACUCUUUGUGCCGCUUUGCCGUUCUAUGUCGACCUGGAUGAGAUUGUGGUGAAUGGCAACGUAUUGCCAAGGAAUGCAGCUGUGGCAGUUGCCAAUACCAAUGCUCGCUCCUUUCAGAUGGAGUCAUGCGGGCUCAAAGAUGACGAUGUCGAAGACAUUGUGGCCAGCUUGCUUCAUUGCAACAAAGUAGAGGAACUCAGGCUUGCGCGCAACGACAUCGGGCACAGAGGCCUCCAAGCCUUACGAGAGCUGAAGAAAGCGAAGCCGGAUUUGUACAUCGAUCUUCAACUAGAAGAAGAAGAAGAAGAUGAAGGAGAUGGAUUGCCACACCAAGAAGGUCCGCUGGGUGACAGGCCCCUGGACCAGACAGCCCAAGCUGAUGCACCAGCAGGCUUAGGUGCGGAAGCCGAAGGCCUGGCCGAGGACGACCAUCGAGGACGUCUGAGCCAGCGAGGUCUGGGCCUUGCUGAGUUCGGCAAGGACAUAGUGAAAGAAGCUGAUGAGGUGGAAGCGAAGUUCCGGUCCACCUUCGGGCAUGUGGAGCGUCUGACGCGACAGAGAUGGGUCGAUGUUUUGACAACGGCUGGUAUUGCAUUUGAAGAUGCCAACGUUCUGCUGAAGGACUGCGACCAGCACAUCAGUGUAGCAAGCUUCUUCGACUUGCUCCGGGGCAAGACUGCUAUACCUGAGGCCAAUUCAACUCUGCGCGAUCAGGUGGAGGCGCCCUUCAUGUCCACCGGACUGGGGCUCGAUGGGCUCUUCACGCAGCAGAGAUGGAUCGGCAUUUUGACGGCCAUCGGAUGUCGACCGGAAGACGCACGGAUCUUGCUCAAGGACUGGGAGCCGGCAGAGUACAUCAGUGUUCGAAGCUUCUGCGACCUCCUUUGCAAGCCAGUCGUGCCUGAGGCAGAUGGUCCAGCUUUCAGUGGCCUUUGUGUGGAGAGCAGCGAGUGUUGAUCGAAGAAACCAAGGAAUUGAUCUACAUGCUUACGUGUGCAGGCUGUGAUAAGGUUCACUUGGCCUCAUGGUUGUGUCCUGCACUUGUCUCAAGCUGACAUAUUGUGCGUUGAACUUGCUACUUGCUCACUCAACCUUUUACUGGUAGCAGGUUGUUCUUGUAUACUGUAUGUUCCUUCUAUAGUAUUGACUCUAUGACUGCAUGACCCUGUCAAUGUGAUUUACGGUUUCUGUCUUUGCUGCCUUCUCCUGCAAUAUGUUUCAACCCUGUUCUUUUGGCCCAAUCCUUUUUGUGUGGCCGAUGCAAGCAUUUGUUCAAGCCACUCCAGACUGUUAAUUACGUAUACACACUCACUUUGCUUUUGUCAUGCAGUGGUACUGCUUGGGGUCUCUUGUUCGAGCUCUCGUCAAGCGAAGAAACCCUCUCCCUUAGCAGAACAGUGUCGGAUGUUUCUCCCUUCUUCGGAGUUGCGAAGGUUUUGCCAUGUGGAUCUACUCAUCGACCCUACUCCAACCCUUUCAGUCCCUCCCAGGGGCUCCGCAAGUCGGAAGGAUGCGACAAUCGGACACGGGACACACGGGACACACGGGACACACGGGACAC